GAUGCAAGAAAGCUUCCUUCCUUGUUACUACAGGGUAUAUAAUCACUCAGAGAGCCAAUGCUCCAGCUUUCUGCAUCAGAGCAUGGCUCAAUACCAGUUACACCAGCAUCACUAAAAAAGAGUUGGGCACAGAUAUUCCUGAGAAGUUGGAGACUGUUUGCACUGAAGGCCGAAUCAACCCCAGUGAGAUUCAACUCUGCGUUCCUGCUUCUAACACCAUGGAGGUCCUGCGUUCCUUCAGCUCCGCCUCUUCCUGUCCAGACGUCUACAACUGGACCGGCAGCAGCAGUCUCAUCCUGGAGCAUUACAACUUCACCGGACGCCUCCACCACCGCAAGCCCUCGAAGAGAAGCGUGAGCGCCGUCACCGUCCUGUUCCUGUGCUUCAGCUUCUUCAUCAUCCUGGAGAACCUCUUGGUGCUGCUAGCCGUGCUUUUCCGGGUGCGUCUGCGCAAUCGUUGGAUAUUCAUCUGCAUCGCUAACAUCGCACUGAGCGACUUGCUGACGGGAUGCGCCUACGUGGUCAACAUCUGCAUGUCCGGCGACCGCACCUUCAAGCUAAGCCCAGUUCUGUGGAUAUUCCGCGAAGGAAUUUUAUUUGUAGCCUUAGCGGCGUCCAUUUUCAGCCUGCUGUUGAUCGCAGUGGAGCGCUACGCCACCAUGAUGAAGCCCAUCCACCAGAAAACCGCCACAAAGACUUACCGAAUCUACAUCAUGGUGGUGCUCUGCUGGAUAACGGCGCUCGUAAUCGGAUUCCUUCCGCUGAUGGGCUGGAACUGCGUUUGCGAUCCGAGAAGUUGCUCCACACUUCUGCCGCUCUACUCCAAGAGCUACAUCUUGUUCGCCCUGGUCAUCUUCUUCAUACUCCUGCUCACAAUCGGCGCUCUCUAUUUCGCCAUCUACUGCCACGUCCGGAGUAGCAAUGAGACCACAUCCGUACGCAGCAGAAAGCGUUCGCUGCGCCUCCUGAAGGCCGUCAUCUCCAUCGUUGGAGUCUUCAUGGUUUGUUGGGGUCCUCUGUUCAUCCUCUUGUUGGUGGACUUCUUCUGCCACUCUCGUAACUGCAGCACGCUCUUCAAUCCUGAAUGGGUGAUCGCCAUGGCCGUGCUCAACUCGGCCAUGAACCCGCUCAUUUACUCUUUCGGCAGCCUGGAGCUUCGCAAAGCCAUCGCUAAGCUCCUGUGCUUUUGUUGUCUGAGGGCGGGACUGUGCGACUCCAAGACCUUCAUGUCCAAGGAGACUUCCAGCACCUCUGGGAGUCGACAUAGUAGCCUGCGCAACAGCUUCAGCAAGGUGCGAAACCUGAGCACCAGUCCACAGCCUGAACCGAGGAAUGGCAAGAAAACACGCCUCAGCUCCACCACUUCUUGUUUAUCCGCAUCGAGCGGUUAAGCCGCGGUGGCCAGGUGUGUUUCUCCUUCGCCACAGGAACUGCACCUCCUCAAACACACCGCCGUUGUGGUUUCAGUGAUGUUUCAAUCGUUGAGGGUCAAAAGACAGCAGGUGUGAGUUUCCUUGCACAUAGACGAUGGCAGAAAGGACUGUUAAAGAAAGCAGCUGUGCAACAAAAACAGAAAACUUAAAAAAAAAAACAUAUAUAUAUAUAUAUAUAUAUAUAUAUAUAUAUAUAUAUAUAUAUAUAUAUAUAUAUAUAUCUUGUAACUUGAAUGCAUUUCUAUACAUUUGAGCCGAAUGCAAAGGAAAGCGACCACAACUGUAAAAUACUUCAAAUACAAACUGCCUUUUAUUGUUGUUUAAACGAGAAUGUACAAGUAAUAUGAAUGUUAUAAUUUAAAAACGAAAAACUAUAUAUUUUUAUAUUCUACAUGAAAGAGAUUCUUUAGAUUUUAUGCACGCACUUUUGAAACUGUUUAAAAGUUUUCAGGGAAUUGUUUUGAGAGUAUACAAUGUAAAAUAGUUUUGAAGCAAAUAAAAUAAAGCAUUGAUUUAUACUGAUAA